ACGCCCCUGGUAGCUAUACAAAAUUCCGUCAGUGGAAACGAAAUAUCUGAAAAAAGACCACUGAAGACAUUCGAAUGCAGGAGGUCUACAUUUACGUUUUGGGUUGUUUGGAUUUAGCUAGCUACUGUAGCUAAACUGUUACACCAACGUCCGUGGUUAUAUAGCUACUUGCACACCAAUGUGGCUAACGUUAGCUAGCUAACAAACCAACCCGAACACCAGAGCUUGGAAUUCGUACGAGAGAGUGGUCUACCAGGUAUCGAAAACCAUCUUACAUCACCUUGUGAGGAAUGACAAAGAUAGACUCUUUGAAUCCCAUGUUCUGAGUCUGCUCACGCCCUGACUGGAGGCUCUUCCACUCCAGCAGAAUGAGACAGCAAAGGUGGCCUCAGUGGUCCAAGUGAAGAGGAAGUGGAACAAGGAGAGAAUGGGAGUCAAUGCCUCCAGCUAUCCCCAUUCGUGCUCACCUCGAUUUGGGGGAAACUCACAGAGCCAGCAGGCGUUUGUAGGGACAUCUUCCUAUGGGCCCCAGGGAUAUGGGGGUGAGGGGAAGCUUUACAGCCUGGAGCCUGGCCCCGAGAAGUCCCAGGACAAAAAGAAGAAGACAUCAGGUUUGGCCACGCUAAGGAGGAGAUUCAUCAAGCGUCGCAAGUCCAGCCGCUCGGCUGACCACAUGCGGCAGAUGCGCGAGCUCCUAUCGGGUUGGGAUGUGCGCGACGCCAAUUCACUGGUUGAGGAGUACGAAGGCACGGCGGCUCUUAAGGAGCUGAGCCUACAGGCAGGGCUUGCACGCGCUGAAGCCCGGAGCCUGCAGCGUGACCUGGCUGCCCUCUACCAGUACAAGUACUGCACAGACGUGGACCUGAUCUUUCAGGACGCCUGCUUCCCUGCUCACCGGGCCGUUCUGGCCGCCCGCUGUCCCUUCUUCAAGACACUGUUAUCAUCUUCGCUGGGCUAUGGGGCCGAGGUACUCCUGGACGUGGGUACAGCUGGUAUGGAUGCGCCCAUGUUCUCUGCCCUGCUGCACUACCUGUACACGGGUGAGCUUGGCCCUGAGGUGGAUGCACGGCUAAGGAAUAUGGACGUGCUGAUGCGCCUGAGUGAGGAGUUUGGCACGCCCAGCUCGCUGGAGGAGGACAUGCGUUGCCUCUGCGAACACAUGUGCUACUACGACUCGCUGCUCAGCUUUUCUUCGGACUCAAAGCUGGUGGAGGCCGGCGUAGCAGCGGUGGCCGGAGCUGGAGGUGUAGGAGGUGGGCCGUUCAUCCAGGGACCAGGUGAUGAAGAGUUGCGCGCCCACAAGGCCGUUCUCUCAGCCCGGUCUCCUUUUUUCCGGAACCUUUUGCAGCGCCGCAUUCGCACUGGUGAGGAGAUCACGGAACGCACCCUGCAGACACCCACACGCAUCAUCCUGGAUGAGUCCAUCAUCCCCAAGAAGUAUGCCCGGGUCAUCUUGCACUGCAUGUACACGGAUGUUGUGGAGCUUGCGCUGGUACUGAGAGGAAGCCCUUCAGCGGGGAGCCUGGGGGAGGUGCAGGCCCUGGUGGCUGGAGGCAGAGAGGUAGCCAGUCGUGCUGAGGAGGCCAUGGAGCUCUACCAUAUUGCUCUCUUCCUGGAGUUUAGUAUGCUGGCCCAAGGUUGUGAGGACAUAGUGGUGGAGAGUAUCUCUCUGGACACAGUGGUGCCUAUCCUGAAGUGGAGCUCGCAGCCCUAUGGCUCCAAGUGGGUCUACCGGCAGGCCAUGCACUUCCUAUGCGAGGAUUUCAGCCAGGUCAUGAACUCGGACGUGCUCUACGAACUGGGCAAGGAACACCUGGUGGCUGCCAUCCAGUCUGACUAUUUACAGGCCAGCGAGCAGGACAUCCUUAAGUAUGUUAUCAAGUGGGGAGAGCACCAGCUCAUCAAGAGGAUGGCCGACCGAGAGCCCAACCUUCUAAGUGGCACUGCUCAUAGCGUGAACAAGCGGGGGGUGAAGAGGAGAGAUCUAGACCUGGAGGAGCUGAAAGAGAUCCUGUCUCCCCUGCUGCCCUACGUUCGUACUGAACACAUACUGCCCCCCAAUAGUGAGGUCCUCUCCGACUCUAUGAAGAGGGGUCUGAUCAGCACCCCUCCCUCAGAUAUGCUGCCCACGGCGGAGGGGGGCAAGGCCAAUGCCUGGCUGAGGCAAAAGAGUGCCGGCAUAUAUGUGCGACCACGCCUCUUCUCGCCUUAUGUGGAGGAGGCCAAGGCUGUACUUGAUGAAAUAAUGGUGGAACAAACAGACCUUGUGCGCCUGCGUAUGGUGCGCAUGUCCAAUGUGCCAGACACCCUCUAUAUGGUUAACAAUGCCAUGCCACAGUGCUGUCACAUGAUCAACCACCAGCAAAUCGGCGGUAGCCAGACGACCCCGCCCUCGGUGGUGGCCAAUGAGAUACCUGUUCCCAGGCUGGCGGUGGUGAAGGAGAUGAUUCGGAGGCUGCAGGACCUACGCCACACAGAACAGGUGCAGAGGGCCUACGCCCUGAACUGUGGUGAGGGUGCCACGGUGAGCUACGAGCUGCAGAUCCGCGUCCUCCGCGAGUUUGGCCUGCCAGACGCUGCCGCAGAGCUCUUGCAGAACCCCCACAAGUUCUUCCCAGAGGAGCGCUUUGGCGAUGAGAGCCCUGUCCUAGCACUGCGCCAGCCAUCACUUGGUGGCGGAGGGCGUUGCCGUGUCAACAGCAGCCCAGCAGUGGAGAGCAUGUUCACUGACCUGGAGGCAAUGGCAGGCUUCCAUCCACCACUGCCCCCUCCUCCUCCACCCUACCAUCCACCGGCCACGCCUGCCCACCACGCCCAACUCAAAGCCAGCGGAUGGAGGCCAGGUCGUGUCCCUAGCCAGCUUCCGUCACGCUCCUUCUCCUACCCCUGCAACCACAGUCUGCUCCACCGCAACACAAGCUCCUCCUCCAAACACGGCAGCCCGGCCUACCCACCAGGGGCUAAGCCCCUGCCACCAGACUGCACCAACCCUCAGAGUGGGGGGGUACGCGGUCCGCAUCAGGAUAAACAAGGGAACCUGGAGCCAGUCAUCAACGAGUUCAUGCCGGACAUUGCCAUGGGUGUGUCGGCUAUGACCCUAAAGGAGCGCCGCCUGCCUGAAGUCACCAUGGAAGUGGAGCCUCACGACACCCACCCUCAUCCCUGCACUGCUCCUCCGGCUGUGCCCCACUGCCACCUGGGCCUAAGCCGCCACGGUCCACAUGCCUCCCGCAAGAGACACGCUGCCGAACCCAAGCCCGAGGCCCAGGCAUCGGAAUACCCGGAUUUGUAUGAGUUUCCUGGGCGCCAUGUAACCUCCUUCUCCAGGCCAGACCUCUACAGUCACAGUCGAGUUCCGCCAGGAGGAGGCCCAGCCCCUCCUCCUUAUGUCCCAGACGAACAGCAGAUGAACCUCUGCCGUGGCACAGUCGGCGAUCCCCUCCGUCUGGACGUUUUGGAACAACCUCCCCAGAGGCUAGACCUGGCUCUGGCCACGCAGGGCGGAGGAGUGCAAGCAGCAGGGGCAACACACAAUCUGAGAGGACGUGCUCGAACUGAAAUAGACCUGACCUGUGGAUUGGGACCGGCGCGGGCUGUGGAGACUUUUCCAGAUGAGGUGGUGGGGGCCAGGGACCGCAGGUCGCCCAACAAACCUGAGUAUCCUUACAGGAAGUCUGCACUCUGACACUCCAAGACCGUCAGAGGCCUGAGAUUAUACAGACAGACGGGAAAAGGCUGGAGCACUAAAUGAUGGUUUGCUGUAGAGGAUUUGGGUGUGGUCGGUGUACUUACUAUCAUUGGUUGGCUAUGGUGUGGAGUUGUCAUGCGCUCUGUUUAGGGCGAACACAGUGCCCAUCCCUUCUAGAGGCGAGUCCCAGGUGCUGCAUACGCUAACUAGGUAUAGCAGUCAGUGCCUUCAGCACAGAGCCAUGGUGUGGGAUGAGGAGGAAAGGCUUGGUUUGGAUGAGAAUAAUCUGUCCAAAAUAACCAUUAGUCUCAUUAACAUAAUGGGGCCUCCUGACCCUUCCCGUCUUCCUGAUUGGAUCCACACUCAACUGUUUGUCCUCCAAUCACUUUUAUCCCUCCAAAUUAAAGUCUUGACUGAUCAUCAAAAUGGAAUAAAUCCUUUUCUUUUCUC